GGGACAAUACACCUAAACAACACGAUACUAUACUAAAGUGCAAAGAAUGCAAAAGUACCGUAAGGUACGGCGCCGCGACGCGGAGUUGUAUUGCAGCACUUUUGCAAACUUAUAUUGACAAAUUUACGCUUGUAUUCGACCAGCACUAGGCAAACCAAAAUGGACCUCUCAGCGGAUAUCCAUAUGGUACUCUUCAGCACAAACGCUGUUUAAUUUAGACCUCUUAAUGAAAUCGUUUCCAGUACACGGCCUUUAGUUAUGUCUCGCGAACUAUCUACGUAAUGGCCCAAGGACGUCCGACGCCGAAUGCCCCGGCGCCAGCAACACUUCAUGACAUCAAAAUAGGCGGCAACACCGUGGGGGAAGCUGCGUUUACGCCUGACGUGCAUUCUGGCAUAUCCCAACGGAUAGACAGUGUUCAUGGGGUUUUACAACGCGACCCUGGAGUUUGCCAAGAUGAAGCCCGGUUUGAGUCCCGCACCCAGAUUAGCGACCAUAGGGUUUCAACCGAGCAUGCAGCUCCCGGCAGUGAAGCUCAGACAACGCCUUUCCUCCACAAAUUCGGCCUGCAAGAGCUCCUCAUACCCCGUCAUGGCUUGGUAGAGCCAGAAAGGGUGUUUGCCUUUCCAGCAUCCCGGGUGUGCUCGUGGAAUGCCCCUCCGAUUCAGCUAUGGGAAAGCACACCUACGCUUUUUUUAGAGUGGAGUCGUCCUUUUGGCGCCUUCUACGGCCACGAGGUGUACUCGUUUACAGCCUUCCAGGAUCAUUACAGUGUACACGACCCCGAGUAUCUGGAGGUGACCUUCACCGAGCAGGUGCAGCUGUACGUGCUGCUGGAGGCCGGCUCAAAGAUCCCUAAGUGGCUACCCCGAGAGUUUCGGUGCUUGCCAGAGGAUGUCGCUCUAGCCAGUCGUGAUUCAUUCAGUCUCAGGCGCCCAGAGUUCUCCCUCGUCAUCUGGCAGCGCAACCACCAGUGCAUGCCGGGCGUCCGCUAUGUACUCGGAGCGCCGCAGGGUAGGCAAGGUCGCGGCUACACGUACCUGCUGGCGUGGCGGAAGCUUGGAGAGGGCGAGGAGGUGGAGGAGCCCCCUAGGCGCAUGUCGCUCGAGUACGAGGGGCCCCAGCACUACCCUGAGGGUAUGACGGGGGGACGUUGCACUGAAAGGCCCGUCCGGGCAGCCUACCAACACACGGAGUCUCCUUCCGAAGAAGUCAUGCUUGGGGAGGUGGAGGGCCACUUGUUGGAUUUCGUGCAGGACAGCAUAUUCAUUUACCCCGCUGUUGACAUGCUACCUUCUCUUGUAGAACUGUACAGGGAAUUUGUUGAUUGCAUUGAGUUACCCUUCUGGGUCACCGUCGAUGGCAAGAAGCAACUUCUGACCACGGUGGCAGCAGCGAAGGGAUCCCGGCAGGCACUGAUGCGCUUGGUGGUGGAGGGUGCGGAGAUAGACGCUACAGCUUUCAGGUAUAUCCUCGAGAAGGACGACAGUGAGAGGGGUACCAGCGGUCUUCAUAAUGAUGGAUACUUCAAUGUGCAGCACUUCGUUCUGUCAUACCUGGUCCGCCACCGCAACCCGGUCGCUGUUGCUAUGGCAUUUGCCCAGGAGCUCACCGCCCAGGGGGCAACAUCUAACGGGGGAAAGGCGAAGAAAUGGAGGGAACUCGCGAUUAAACUGCGUACCGUGGCCGUGGAGCUGCUAGGGCACCUUGAUACCAGUAUUCCCCGUAAGCGGGCCGAGACCAUCCACGCUGUGCUGCACCCCAAGAGUGUCAUGAAGUCCAUCAGCGAGGCCAGCCCACUGCAGGUCGCAUUUGACACCGUCGACCUGGACUUCAUGUCGGCACCUGCAAUACAAGACUUAAUGAGGAAGCGAUGGAUUGCCAAGGGACAAGGGGAGGACGACGACCUGCAAAACUUUCACCCGCAAUCACGACCCCGCAAUUUACCCACACCCAAAGCUGCUGAACUUGUGGAGUUCCGGGCCACGUUUCAAGGAUACUUUGACGCACCUUUUGGUGUCGUCGACAUUCUGGUGGAGUGGUUAAUUUCUAAAGGCCUUUUACCCGCCAACGUCACCAAUUUUAUCGAUGACUCGCACUUCUUCGAUUCCCCGCAACGCCGCUGGGUGUUCAAGCUCUUCCUUGAGAGCUUCUUCCUGUACGUGUACCACCAUGUGCUGCUCAUGACGGACGAGUUCCGGCUGGUGUGGCAGCAUGUGGUGCUGGUGCUGUACAUCGCGGGCAUGGUGGUGGACGAGGCUCAGGAGCUCAUCUACCAGUAUCAUGGUCGUAUAAUGCGAUACUAUUCCAACGGCUUCAACGUUGUGGAGGCGCUGCUGGUGGCAAUGUUGGUGGCGUGCUUCGGACUCAAGCUGGCCAUGUGGGGCCUGCCAGGUGGACAGGUUAACCCGCGCUGGAAGGACAUCUGCACGGCCAAGGAGCUGCUGUACAGCACUGCCUCCAUCCUCGUCUGGGCCCGGACCCUGCAGUAUCUUAUUCCCCUACAUGAAGGGUUCGGCAGCUUGCUCAUGGUUAUCAGCCAGAUGAUUCGAGAGAUGCUGAAGUUUGCGCUUCCCGGCGUCGUACUGAUGUUUGGCGUGGCCUUCAGUUUCUUCUCCGUCUUCAGGUCCCAUACAAGCAUUCCGGAGCUCAGCACCUUCCCCUUGGUUCUUGUCCAGCUCUUCCGCACCUUCGUGGGGGAAACCAUGUUUGAGCUGAUGGAUAAAGAGCACAACCAGUUAUACAACCUGUACGGCAACAUCCUGGCAAUGCUGUUCACGCUGAUGGCCACGGUCGUGAUGGCAAACCUGCUCAUCGCUCUCAUGACCUACCACUACAAGCCUGAGCAGUUUGCUAAGCAGUCUCGGUUCCAGGCCGCCGAGCAGCUGCGGCACUACGAGUACAUGGUAGAGCGUCAUUUGCUGGGAGCACCGUUCUCACUACCUCUGCUGUUGCUGUCAUGGCUGCCAAUUGGCAUCCUGCGGAAAAGAAGCUCUUUGAAGGAAGAGGGGCAACCCACCGGAUUCAACGCACUGCCGCACCUGGUGUACCAGCUGACCGUGCACCCCAUCCUGUUGGUGCUUAUCUGGGCGGUCCAUGUCGCCAUGACGCCAUGGUGCAUUGUCUACCUCCCCUUCUGCGAAUACCGCUAUAUGACUAGGGACAGUAUGCCAACACCUGCUGCCCAAGAACAAAAUUGGAUACGGGCCCUUGCCAGGCGGCUAGGCUGGCUUCCGUUUCCUGCUUGGUGCCUCGCCACUCUACCUUUCUGGCUGGUGUUUGGGCUGGCAUACUACGCGGUUGAGCUUGCGGUCGUGGUGCCGGUCAUUGGUAUACGUUUAUAUGCCGACAAAGUGGCCGGAAUCAUCCUCAGCAUCCUUGACGGCUGGGAACUGGGACGUAUUUCCACAAUCUGCAAGCGAGAUAAUAGGAAGCCUGCGGUUCCGAGUGAUGGCAGCUCGAAGCUGUCAACAGACCCUUCAGGGUCUCACUCGGGCAGUGUAUCUGUGCCGGUGCCGGCGGUCUUCGACGACUACAUACCAGGCCAUGAUGCGCGGCGCCAUGGGCCUGAACGGACUCGUUGGAGGGUUUCCCCUUCAGCUAGUUUGGCUGAGGAGCCUGCGGUUCCGAGUGAUGGCAGCUCGAAGCUGUCAACAGACCCUUCAGGGUCUCACUCGGGCAGUGUAUCUGUGCCGGUGCCGGCGGUCUUCGACGACUACAUACCAGGCCAUGAUGCGCGGCGCCAUGGGCCUGAACGGACUCGUUGGAGGGUUUCCCCUUCAGCUAGUUUGGCUGAGGAGGUAUGUCUCUAAGAUGCCCGAAGAGUAGUUAGGCGGAUGUGCUUGAACAAUGUGGGGCCUGUGAGUUUCUAAAACCUUUAACAAACCAAGGAGGCUCCAAACAUUUGCCAUGCGACAACACUCCAUCUCCAGUUAUCGGGCUGCCUUGUCGUCUCUGUCGUACAGCUUAUUCGUGCAUGUGACUUGUGCAUGUACGAGGAGCAAUCAUAGUGGAAAGCAGCAGUGCUCUCAUAUUACGGUUCCUGGCUGGUUUAGACCUUUCACGUCAGCCGUCGUAUGGCCCUCUCCAUCACACCAUCAUCGCAUGGAAAGCAGACAUCUCCUUCAGGGGGGGGUAAGAACCGCAAAAAUAGACCCCAACCCUCAAAUCGAAGGAGUUUUGCGUGGGGAUUCCGAAUCUGUUUUCAGAUUUCUGUUUAGAGUUGUACGGAAAAAGUUAUGGGCUUGCAAAGUUGGUGGUACGGCAGGGGUGGGUGGGUGGGUUCAGGGCCCCAACGACUUUUUUACAUGAACCUCCGGAAAAUUUUUCCAGGCCUCAUGUUAGUGUUUUGAAAGCUGUAUUGCCAUCCUUUCUUCGUUUCUUAUACACAGAAUUAGUUCUAUCAACAAAAUGGUCACUUCUCGGCUUCCGAUGUUGCAAUGACACUUCACCUCUGAACCACGGUAGCCGAACGGGACUGCCCAAUCCCCAAACGUACAAGAAACAACUUAUGUAGAAAACAUAUAUUGCGAACGCGGCUAGUCGGCCCUUUGUAAAGGCCUAGCAUAGCAGCAUGUCGCGUGUCCCCAUGGAUGUGGAGCACGACUGAGGAUGCGGGGUUGGAGUAGACAGACUGAGCUGCGAGAAAGCACUUACUGUGACCACGAAUGGGGUGGGGAUGCUGAGCACAGAAACAAGAAGGCGUGGGAAUUGGUACCAGGGGCUAUGGUCGAGGGCCCAGUGCCACAGGGGGAAGAAGAGGCAGGAGCAGGGACCUGGAACGUGGUGGCGCCGUUGUCUCGGUUGGUGAAAACAGAACUGCGGUGGUAUGGCGCAAAUGGAAGGGCCGUGGUGCUUCCUAGGCGCCAAAUACAUAACAUCAGUCAAGCUGGGGCCAAGAACAUGGUUACCUUAGCCGUCCAUAGUGCAACGCUGUGACAUUAACUUCCCAGGGGGUUUGGGGUUUUUCGACUGCAUUUAAUAGAGCUUGCGCAGAGGAACCUAGACGCUUUUUUCCCCGGCGUUUUGGCAUAGUUUACAGGUUGUACGACACGCUUGGCGGUGGGUGGGUGGCUCCGAGGCCUUCUCUUUGGAAAUUUCGGGUUGGGGUUUAUAAGAAAAUUUCUUACCCCCCCCCUGUCUCCUUUGCUAUUUAGACCUAGUUUCUUAUUCCAAAUGCGUCUAUUUUGCUUCGGGAAGUCUAAGCUCUCCAUCCUCCUUUUGUGUUGGCUUAACUAAUUUGGGCUGUGCAAAUGGUUCGGCAACUGUGCUACAAACCGUAUUGCAGCCUCUGUAACGAGCAAAUUAGUUCGUUACGUGCUCACUACCCUCCUCUUACGCACCUUGGAUCACCCCACAUGGCCACCUUUCC